AGAGCUUUGCACGCACUAUGGAGUUAGAGAGGGCUAGGGGCAAGAAUAUCAUGGAUUAAUAUGAGAUUAAGAGCAACCCUGUGAAGAUUCCUCCAAAGAGGGAAUCAGAAUUCAGCUUUUCAAGGCAUUUGGAAACUGCUACAGGAUUGGAUGCAGGAAUGCAUUUCCUUAUAAUGGAGAAGCUGGGAAGAAUUCACCUAAACAGGCAAGUAAAUGCUUUUAUUUUUAUGAUGGGUUUGGUUCAUGUUUGCAGCGAGCCAACAACUCGAUACUCCAUCUUAGAGGAAUCAGAGAGUGGCUCCUUUGUAGCCCACCUGGCCAAGGACCUGAGGCUGGGAGCUGGGGAGCUGGCUGCCAGGGCUGCACGGGUGGUGUCUGAUGAUUACAAGCAGAGAUUGCUGCUGGAUCCUGAGACUGGGGAUUUGCUUCUGAGGGAGAAACUAGACCGGGAAGAGCUGUGUGGCUCUGUGGAUCCCUGUGUGCUGCCUUUCCAGGUGUCUCUUGAAAAGCCAGUGCAAUAUUUUCAAGGAGAAUUAUUGAUCCAGGACAUAAAUGAUCAUGCUCCAGAAUUCCCAGAAGGGGAAAUGCUAUUGAAUAUACCAGAAAACAGCCAGCCAGGUACACGGUUUUCAUUGAAAUUAGCCCAGGAUUUGGAUGUGGGCAGCAAUGGGCUUCAACAAUACACAGUCAGCCCCAACUCUCAUUUUCAUGUCCUCAUUCGAAAUAACAGUGAAGGCAAGAAAUACCCAGAGUUGGUGCAGGACAAAGCCCUGGACAGAGAGGAGCAGGCAGAGCUGAGCCUCACCCUCACGGCUGUGGAUGGCGGGUCUCCACCUAGGUCAGGAACAGCCCUGGUUCGAAUCCUGAUUGUGGACGUCAAUGACAAUGCUCCUGAGUUUGUGAACAGCCCCUAUGAGGUGCAGGUUCUAGAAAGCAGUCCCCCAGGCUCCCCAGUGCUGACUGUCUUAGCACGGGAUGCAGAUGCUGGCAACUUUGGGAGAGUUUCCUAUGGCUUGUCUCAAGCAUCAGAUGAAAUCCAACAAACAUUCUCAAUAAACAAAACUACUGGAGACAUGCGAUUGAAAAAGAAAUUAGAUUUUGAAAAAAUUAAAUCUUACCAUGUGGAAAUCGAGGCCAUAGAUGGAGGUGGGCUUUCUGGAAAAGGCUCUGUGUUGAUAGAGGUGGUGGAUGUGAAUGACAAUGCCCCAGAACUGACCAUAUCUUCACUGACCAGCUCUGUCCCAGAAAAUGCUCCUGAGACCAUAAUCAGCAUCUUCAGGGUUGGAGACAGGGAUUCUGGAGAGAAUGGAAAGGUGGUUUGUUCUAUUCCAGAAAACUUGCCAUUCAUUCUAAAAUCCACUUUCAAGAAUUUCUACACUCUGGUGACAGAGAGCCCUCUGGACAGAGAGAGCAGAGCUGAGUACAACAUCACCAUCACUGUCUCAGACCUGGGCACACCCAGGCUCACUACCCAGCACACCAUUACAGUGCAGGUGUCUGACAUCAACGACAACGCCCCUGCCUUCACCCAAACCUCCUACACCAUGUUUGUCCGCGAGAACAACAGCCCCGCCCUGCACAUAGGCACCAUCAGUGCCACAGACUCAGACUCAGGCUCCAAUGCCCACAUCACCUACUCGCUGCUGCCACCCCACGAUCCGCAGCUGGCCCUCACAUCUCUGGUCUCCAUCAAUGCUGACAAUGGGCAGCUGUUUGCUCUCAGGGCAUUCGAUUAUGAGGCUCUGAAGGCUUUCGAGUUCAGCGUGGGAGCCACAGAUCGAGGCUCACCAGCGCUCAGCAGCAAGGUGCUAGUAAGUGUGAUGGUGAUGGAUGACAAUGACAAUGAGCCCUUCGUGCUCUACCCACUGCAAAAUGCCUCUGCGUCCUGCACUGAAUUGCUUCCAAGAGCUGCGGAGCCAGGCUAUUUGGUCACCAAGGUUGUGGCUGUGGACCGUGACUCUGGCCAGAAUGCGUGGCUAUCAUUUCAAUUGCUCAAGGCCACAGAGCCCGGGCUGUUCAGCGUGUGGGCGCACAAUGGCGAGGUGCGCACCACCAGGCUGCUGAGCGAGCGCGAUGUGCCCAAGCACAGGCUGGUGCUGCUGGUCAAGGACAAUGGCGACCCUCCGCGCUCUGCCAGCGUCACUCUGCACGUGCUAGUGGUGGAUGGCUUCUCUCAGCCCUACCUGCCUCUGCCAGAGGUGGCGCUCGAUCCUGCGCAUGAGGACAGUGAGCUCACAUUGUACCUGGUCAUUGCCUUGGCUUCCGUGUCUUUGCUGUUCCUAGUGUCUGUGCUGCUGUUUGUAGGGGUAAGACUGUGCAGAAAGGCCAGGGCGGCCUCUCUGGGUGGCUGCUCUAUACCCGAGGGCCACUUUCCUGGCCACCUGGUAGAUGUCAGUGGCGCGGGGACCCUGUCUCAGAGCUACCAAUAUGAGGUGUGUCUUACUGGAGACUCUGGGACGGGUGAGUUCAAAUUUCUGAAACCAAUUUUACCUAAUUUUCAAGACCAUUCUCUUAGACCAGAAAUGCGAGAAAAUCCCAACUCUAGGAAUGACUGGGGUUUGGAUAUUCAGUUAAAAUAACUGCUUUUCAUCGUGUGUAAUGGGUUUUGUCAUAAACUCAAACUACUUUUUUUCCUUUGCCCAUUAUGAACUUUUAAAGCAUGCUUAAAACUUGUUUUCAGGGUAUUCUGACCGUGGUUUUCAGACAGUAUCUCAGCUUUUCUCCAGACUAGAAGAUGAAAUGUUCUAAUCUUAUUUUUCUAAUUUGUCACUAGUUGCACAAAUCUUUGUCCUGGGAUGGCUUGGGAAUGUACAAGAGAAAAAAUGGGAAGUCAAUUUUUAACCCAAUCUGAUGGGAUUCAGUAUGUGUUCUCUAGCUUGUUGUUAACUGCUGAAUACACACUACAGAGCAAUGCUCAAACACAAUGCAGUCUAAUCAGAGAGGAGAAAGAGGUGUUGCUGAGGGGUCUGCCUUUUUCUUUAUUUGGCCUCUACUGGACUGUCCUUGUUGAUAUUUUCUCUUUAAAACCUUACAUAGCCACAUGGCUCCUCAUUAGCCUGAUACUAGUUUUUAUAUCACUAUUUUGAACUGCUUUCUACUUUGGUUGGUUGCUUGCUUGCCUGCUUGCUUGUUUUUUGGUUGGUGCUGAGGUUUCAGAAAGCUGCCCCUAUUUAACUUGAAAGAGCACGACAGCAACAUUGAGUUUUCGCUUCUUUUAAAUAGUUGCCAGUCAGAGAAACUCCAUCAGCCAAUAUUUAUUUUUUCCUUCUUUGUUGUCAUUCCACAUUUCUUUCUUGCCAGUCCUGUGCUUAGUUAAAAGAAUAUAUUUUCACUGUCUUUUUUGGUAAAUAAAGCAGGGCAUAUGGCUGGCUUAUAGUGAGAUGUGUAAUGUGGAACCUUCCACAGAGCUUCAGUUGAGGAUAAACUUGGAGGACCCAUGCUUGACAAGUAAGGGCUGUACCUCUGAUCUACCACUGUGAACACCCAGGGACACUUGUAAAGGGAGACGUCUCACCUGAAAGGGAAUUCACCCUUUGUUCCUGCUGUUCUCCCUGGGAUGUUCAUGGCAUGAUGAGCACACAGAUAUGCAUGUUGGCUCUAUGAUAGGAGCAGGGAGUGAGCUUGACUGAGCUGGUCCCUGGCAACUCAGGAGUUGUUAUAUUAGUCCCUGUGUUGCCAAUUUCUAAGCUUUUUUAAAAAUCCAGAAAUAAAGGAAGUCCUAUGUCAUUAUUUUAGCUUUUAUGCUAUGGUCAGUUCUUAUGCUAUGGACUAUAUUUGUGUGUUGUGUAUGUGUGCCUGUUGGUGCAUGUGUGCUUGCAGAUGCCCUUGUGCUUCUGUGUGUAGAGGUCAGAAGUUGAUGUGUACCUUCAUUGUUCAAUUAUCUAGACUACCCAGAGAGCUCUGUGGAAACAUCGACUAACCGGUCAUGAUUCUGGGCAAUAGAAAAAAAAGUCUAAGAUACAAUCCUAGUUACCUGAUUCUAAUGACCAAUUCUUAGUAAUAUGCUAUACUGCCAGGCGAACACUGGUAACAUUAUUUUCCUAAGGAUAGAGAUCCAUUUGUCUCACUCCAUAAAUAAAAUGACCAUGUGUAAAUGUAAUCUUUAGCUCGUGGUUUGUAUUUCUUUCUAUAUGGGUGGCCACACUGCUUAGAAAAUAACCCAAACGCUCACAAAAUUCAAUGACCUAAGUAAAAUUGGGUCACACUACGUGAUAACAUUCGUGAGUGUACACGAUGAGUCACAUGCUUUAUUGUGGAAGUGAGUCAUCCUACAUGGGCAGCAGAAUUGCUCUAUGCCUGUGUUUAUUGAACUUUGGAUCUGUCUCUUCAGUUAUCUUCCAUAACUCUAAUGUAUUAUAUACUUCGUAUACAGUGAACCCACUAUUAAAAUUGAAUAUCCUAUGCUUAU